UAUUAUUCUCAUCACAACAUUAAUGCAAAAGCUAGUGUUGCAAACUAAGAAUUAAAGAGAAAAAAAUCAAUGGAAGGGAUUAUUAGCUCUAAGAGCAGCAGCAGCAAUGAUUUUCAUGUAAUUUACAAAGUUCCUUCUGGUGAUGGUCCUUAUGUUCAAGCCAAGCAUGCUCAGUUGGUUGAAAAGGACCCAGAAAAAGCAAUAGUAUGGUUUUGGAAAGCAAUAAAUGCAGGAGAUAGAGUAGACAGUGCACUGAAAGACAUGGCUGUGGUGAUGAAGCAAAUUGACAGAACUGAAGAAGCCAUUGAAGCUAUCAAAUCUUUUAGAAUCCGUUGCUCUAAGAAUGCUCAAGAAUCACUUGAUAAUGUCCUUAUUGACUUGUACAAGAAAUGUGGAAGGAUAGAGGAGCAAAUAGAACUACUAAAAAGAAAGUUAAGAAUGAUAUACCAAGGACAAGCCUUCAAUGGCAAACCCACCAAAACUGCACGCUCACAUGGCAAGAAAUUUCAAGUUUCUGUACAGCAAGAAGUCUCCAGAUUACUGGGUAACUUGGGCUGGGCCUACAUGCAGAAAUCGAACUACAUAGCAGCAGAAGUGGUUUACAAGAAAGCCCAAAUGAUCGAUGCGGAUGCAAAUAAGGCCUGCAAUUUGGGCUCUUGUUUAAUAAAGCAAGACCGAUAUGAUGAGGCCCAUGAAGUUGUUGAAGAUGUAAUAGAAGGUAGACUUGCUGGUUCAGAUGAUUUUAAAUCAAGAAAAAGAGCUAGGGAAUUGAUAAUGGAAAUUGAAUCAAAAUUACUGCCACCUGUCCUUACUGAUAUUUUGGAGACUGAUGAUUUUGUUAAAGGGCUUGAAGAAAUGAUGAAUCAAUGGGCUCCAUCUAGAUCAAAAAGGCUCCCAAUUUUUGAAGAAAUUUCUUCUUUUAUAGAUCAAAUUGCAUGUUAAUUUUGUUUUGAUUUUAAUUUGUGGGUGUGUUAGAGGUUGUAAUUGGUGUUGUAAAUCUAGUUGUGUGUUGAUAAAUAGGAAUAAAACAAUAUAAAAUGAGCCCAUUGUAAAAUAUUUACAUCUGUUUCCAUAAUCAAAAAUAAUUUGGGGUUUCUAA